AUGUUUGAGAGAACGUUACCACUGCUACUUGCAGUAACAACAAUACUAAUACAGGCCAUACAGGCAACGCCUAUAACUGUCCUUGAUUCCUAUGAUUGUGGGAAUAUCGUCAUGAAUGGCAAAAAGGAUAUCGUCGUUACAGAGUCGCUUGAUACUCCUCCGACGACCACGAAUACAACGACAUUAAUCAACAUAUGUCGACCACUAACACUGGAUGAGAAGAUCGACAAGAAUGAUCAGUGCCCGGCCGGAACUUGGAUAUGUCAGAUCGUGACAAAUUUCAAGAACAAUAUAGGUCGUGUUACAGAAGUUAAGCCAAUGGCUCAGGGUGACUUCACUAUGCCAAAGGCAACUCUUACGUCGCUAUGGGCUGGUGAUUUAGUAUUAACAUUCACUGGUGGGAGCAUUCGGGGUGUAGAGCAGAAGGUGAAUAUCACAAUGGUUUGCGAUACCAAGGCCACAACCGUCACUACACCUUCCAUGAUAUGCUAUGACAAUAACGUUCUUAGCAUGACAUGGUCUAAUGCUGCUGCUUGUGGAGUUACGCCCGAUGCUGGCGGUGGUGGAGGAGGUGGAGGAGGCGGAAUGUCUGGAGCUGGAAUAUUCUUUCUGGUUAUAUUUCUCCUGCUAGUCACGUAUUGCUUAGUAGGGUCUGCAUAUAAUUAUUCAGUACUGAGGAUGACGAGAUUUCCUGAAAUGGUGCCAAAUUGGAACUUGUGGGAACGAGGUUUCAUUUGGAUUGCCGAUUUGAUUGGAUCGGUGUAUGAGAGGUUGUCUGGCCGUUAUGUACGAUUGUAG